AUGACUGAAUUUUUCUUAUGUCGUCAGACAAGACACAUCCGAGCUCGAUAUGAAAGAUGGCAUUUCGUUGUUCCCACUCAAGCAUCGCUUAUACUUUCGUAUCUGCAGUUUUUGACCCUCGUCUCCUCUCGCAGAGCUGAAGGAGAUUCGUUGGUGGAGCGAAGUCUCCCCGCUUCAUCUUUUAGUGCGCCAGAACGUGGUCUACGCGGUUCCGGAGCCGGCGACAGAAUAGAUGUCAUGGUGGAGGCUCGGGUUGUGCUCGAGAAGAUCAAAGUACUGGAAGGAAGGACGAGGUACGAAAUCGACAAACUUGUUCGCGUUGCUGAAGAAGCUCCGUCUGCAGCGCAGAAUGUUGUUAAUGGUAAGCGAGUGCUUGCGAAACUCAAUCUGAUGGCUUUACUGGCCUUCCGCCCCAACCCUCAAGUCCUUAUGGACCGAGGAUCAGGCUCUGAAGACGACGAGGACGGUCGGCCUUCGCCAGAAUGUGACGGCAUCUACCGACCACCCAAACUCGCUCCGGUGCUUUACGCUGAGUCGCAUAAAGACAAAGGCAGAUCGCGCCGAGCUCCUAUCCCAAACACGCUUUCUACCCUUUUGCACCUUGGCCCGUCAAAACCACACAUGGAAUCGACGUGUGGACUUGGCUCAACCCCCGAUGUCACAGCGAGCGCGCGAUCUGCAGCGCAUGACCGAGUUCGAGGAGGAGAGCAUGACUUGGCUGGUGAUGAAAAACGAGAUGCAAGACGCAGGAAGCAAGAUGAGGCGGACCUCGCUUUAGGUGGAAUUGGAACCGCGUCUGGCAGGCGUGGGCGCGGUGGUGGGUUCGAGGAUGAGUUUGUGAUAUUCUUAAGUCCGCAACGCGGUCGUAACGGCACUACCGGUGAUGGGUAUGAGGCAAAAGGGACGUAG